GAGGGGUGUGUGUGACCUUCCGUACGGUGGGCGUAUGUGCUUGUGUUGUCAGCUGACAUGACCGUACCUUUCAGCGAAGUCACAACACUGUCGGUUCUGCCUGACAGCUACAUGUAGUAGCUGCUUCACCGAGGCUCUGCUACGGGGCUACCGCGGGUUAUGUGUCCCUGAGACAGGAAGGAGGCGGAGGUCCCACUUCUCUCCACCAUGGCGGCGGAAAUCCAGCCUCGUCCAAAGGCUAGGAAGCCGUGCUUGCUGAGUAAAAUCGAGGCUUUCCAGGAGGUUGUUACCGCGGCGGCGAUCAUCCCCAAAGAAGACGGUGUGAUCAGCGUAUCUGAGGACAGAACAAUUCGGGUUUGGUUGAAGAGAGACAGCGGUCAGUACUGGCCAAGUGUUUACCACACCAUGCAAUCCUCAUGUUCCUGUAUGUCCUUUAACCCAGAGACCAGGAGGUUGUCUGUAGGGAUGGAUACAGGAAGUAUCUGUGAGUUUAUUCUAUCAGAGGACUACAACAAGAUGAGCCCAGCGCUCACAUAUCAAGCUCACCAGGGCAGAGUGGUGGUGGUGCUGUUUGUGUUGGAGAUGGAGUGGCUGUUGAGCACCGGCCAGGACAGGAACUUCACCUGGCACUGCUCGGAAAGCGGCCAGCAGCUGGGGACGUAUCGCACUGCGGCCUGGGUCUCAGGACUACAGUUCGACGUAGAGACCAGGCAUGCCUUUGUAGGGGACCAGUCUGGUCAGGUGACUAUCCUGAAGCUGGAGCAGGACAGCUGCAGCCUGGUUACCACCUUUAAAGGACACACAGGUAAUGUGACGGCGCUGUGCUGGGACCCAGUUCAGCGGGUGCUUUUUUCGGGCAGCUCGGACCACUCCAUCAUCAUGUGGGACAUCGGAGGGAGGAAAGGCACCGCCAUCGAACUGCAGGGACACAAUGACAAAGUCCAGGGCCUGUGCUAUGCCUCACACACCCGCCAGCUCAUCUCCUGCAGCUCAGACGGCAGCAUCGUCAUCUGGAACAUGGACGUGACUCGACAAGAGACUCCAGAAUGGCUGGACAGCGACUCCUGUCAGAAGUGUGAGCAGCCUUUCUUCUGGAACUUCAAGCAGAUGUGGGACAGUAAGAAGAUCGGCCUCCGACAGCAUCACUGCAGGAAGUGCGGCCAGGCGGUGUGCGGCAAAUGUUCGUCCAAGCGCUCCACCAUCCCCCUCAUGGGCUUCGAGUUUGAGGUCCGCGUGUGUGACAGCUGCUAUGAGUCCAUCACAGACGAGGACCGAGCGCCCACAGCCACCUUCCACGACAGCAAGCACAACAUUGUUUACAUGCAAUAUGAGCCCACCACAGGAAACCUGCUCACCUCUGGCACCGACAAGGUCAUCAAGAUAUGGGACAUGACUCCUGUGGUGUCCUGAGUUUCCGUGGACAAGCAGCAUUUCUGCAAACUGCGACGGUGUCACAACAGCGGUGGCGUUUUCAUGAAGGAGAGGGAACAGCGUCCAUUUCACCUGGAUCAUAUUUAACACUGGUUUAUAUUUUGCAUUCACGGUUUUGACACUGCAAGUCCAUGAAGCUUGGGACCAGUACAGGCUGAACACACGGUUACAGACUGGAUGGUGGAUUUUGUGGUCUAGAGUACCCAUACUCUGUACUCUGGGAUACUUCUGGGACUUUUGACUGUAAAAAAUGUGAUAUAUUCUGUAAUUCCCUGCUAUUGAAGACUGGAGCGACUAAACUUCAGAUUUGUUUUGUGCAUAAGAACCUCAUUGGACUCUUAACCCACUAACAUGAAAUGAGGGACCUGCCUAUUUUUCACACCAAGUUUUUAUUUUAUUUUAUUAUUGACAAAAUAAGAAUACUGUCAGCAGGAGUUCAAGCCUGUGAAAUGUCGCCCCCUAGUGGCAAAAUAUGGUUUUAUUUCUGUUACAUCAUUUAUUUAGGAAAAAUAUCCAAAUGUAAAAAAAAAAAAAAAAAAAAAAAAAAAAAGCAAAA